GCACUCAGUAGAUGCCGUUUAAAUGAAUGGAUUAAUGGAUUAAUGCUUAAAUGAAUGAAACAAUCUGGUUUAUGUUCCAAAAGAGUCUCAGGAACUACCAAGUGGAAAAUGGAGUAGAGAAAAAGAUUAAUGGGAUCUUGUCACUGGUUUGAAGUGAGGAAAAGAGGUGGAUGUCGUCUGGGCUCAAGGAUAAUAAUAGUAUUGCAGACGAGUAGAAGGACUUGAGCUGUAUUUUGGAUGUAAUGAGUGGCACUUGCUGAUAUUUUGUAUUGGGGGACCAUAGGAAAGGAAGGGCCCAAGGAUGAUGGCUAGUCUCAUGGUUUGGGAUUGGGUAGACAUCCAUUAGCAGGUGAAGACAUCAACACACUGUGGUGCACACAUGCAUUGAAACAUCAUCACUCACCCACAAAAAGCAAAGUGCUAAUAUGUGCCACAACGCGGGUGAGCCUUGAGAAUAUUAUGUGGAAAUACAAGUGAAGGAAUCCAGACACAAAAGGUCACACACUGUGUGGUUCCUGUUAGAGGAAACUUUCGGGAUAUGUAGACCAGUAGGCUGAAAGCAGAUUGGUGUUUGCCAGAGGCAGAGGUGGAAGGCUGAGCAGAGUGUGAAUGCUUAGUAGCUGAAUGGUUUCCUGGAACUAGAUGGAGGUGAUAGUUAUAGAGCAUUGUAAAUGUGCCAAUUGCUGCUGAAUUAUAUACUCUAAAAUGCUAAAGGCUGUAAAGAAGAUUGGGAGGAUGGGAACAUCACGCACAUCACAGAGAGCCUGGGUGGGAAGCAGGUUGCACAAAGGGGAUAAAAUUCACGCACCCUCUUGGAGGAGCCCCUGGACACGUGCCUGUCGUCUGCAGAGAUAAAUAUGGCAGCUGUCAGCUCUUAGAUGUCAGCCACCAAAAUGGGUGCAUUCUAGGGAGACAGGGUCUAAGGGGAGAGCUGGAGCCUGGAUUGUUCUCUAGUUACAUCUUCGUCACUAUUUACAACAGGCUGCUGUUGUCCUCAUUUUCAGAUGAGGAAACAAACACCCACCCCAUAAAUGAACCUGCCCAAGGUGAGACCGUUUGUUCUUCUGGUCUCCAGGCUUCCAUUCUUUUGCCUGCUCCAUCUCAGCGCGAUGCCAUUGAGAACUUCAGCACUUUUCCUUCGCCCAUGCCCCUCUCCCUCCUACCCACCUCCCUCCCUCCAUGAUUGAGUAUUCACACACCACAGGCACUGUUGUGGGCAUUUGUUGGUGCAGAAGUGACUCUAAUCUCAUGGAAUCUACCCAGUAAACCACACCUGCAGCCCACAGUUACAAGGGGGCCUUGGGAGCAUAGAGCAGGUGCAUCUGUCCCAGGCUUGGGGGUGGGAUGAGUCUUCCUAGAUGAAGUGACAGUUAACCCGAGAUUGGCAGCUAAAGCUGAAGGAAUGAUCUUGGGAAAGAAAAUGAUUCUUUGGGAGGUGGAGGAGUUGGGGUGUGUGUGGGGUGGGUGGUGAUGCCUGAACACCUGCUCCAAGAACUUGCCUUUCUUUGCAGGUAAGGGUUCUUCACAGGUGAUUGCUUUCCAACUCAUCAAGAGGGUCUGUAGUUUCUAUCAUUCUGCAGAUAGCAAGUAAACAAAGGGCAACCAUGACUUAAAGUGGGCGCCUCAAAGGGAGUUAUCAGGGUAGGGUGCAAACAGCCGUGUCUCAAGCAAGUGACUUGUCCUUCCCUGAACCUUGUAUUUAAAAAAAAAAUUGAUUUAUUUGAAAGGCAGAGUUAGGAAGAGACAGAUUUUCCAUCUGCAGGUUCACUCUCCAAAUGGCCGCAAUGGCCGGAGCUGAGGCAGUCCAAAGCCAGGAGCUUCUUCUGGGUCUCCCAUGUGGGUGCAGGGGCCCAAGGACUUGGGACAACCUCUGCUGCUUUCCUAGGCUGUUAUCAGGGAGCUGGAUCAGAAGUGGAGCAGCCGGGACUCGAACUGGUGUCCAUAUGGGAUGCCAGCACUGCAGGCAGCAGCUUUAACCACUAUGCCACAGCACCAGCCCCUGAACCUUGUUUUUAUUCAAACAGAGCCAAGAAUGUCCACUGCUCAGUAUCAGAAAUGAAUGGGCCAGCAUACUCAAAUGUUGGGCACAUCACAAAUGCUCAAGAAAAUGUCAUUUGGUUCAGGGAGGAAGAGUUUGUGAGAGACCAGAGGUCCCCAACCUGUGCACACUAUUCACACAUGACCAUGUUCCCUCCGAGGCUCUGGUUUCGAUGGUUAGAGGUGGACCCCAGUGAUGUGUAUGUUUAGAAAGCACGCCAGAUGAUUCUGAUAAAUCAACUCCAGGAGCCAUUGGUUCCUAUCCAAUACUGCUUGCUCUGAUAAGCUUGAAAGGGUUAAGCACCUAGCAGCAGAGUUUUGCCUUCUAGGAAUUAUUAGCCAAUGGCGGUGCUGACCGGUGAUGUAAUGUCUUUGGCUGGUGCUCCAUUGGUUAAGUGUAUUGUUUCUCCUGCUUCAGCUGUGUGAGGAGCAGAGCUGCAGCACAGGGGUUAAUAAUUCUCUGGCAGCAGAAAGAGCUCUCUCUCGCAUUCCACUUCUAGGUGUGAGUACAUAGCAGGGCCCAGCAGAUUGUUGCCCUUCUUGCAGUAGCAGCCAUACUCUCCUCCUCACCUCCUCCCAAGCAGAGCACAUGUCCCUGUAGUACUACAGAGGAGGGGGCGGAGGAAGGGGAGGAGGAGGAGGAGGAGGAGGUGGAGGAGUAUCCUUUAGAGCAAAGAGAGCCCUUUCAAAGUUCCACGCUGCCAAGUCUCCUUGCCAUCGGGGAUGGGCACAGCCCCAAGUCCCCUCGAAUGAAUCGCUAAGCUACCACCUGCUUCUGACUGUUGUUCAACCUGGCGGAAUCCUCAGAACCAGGAGGUAAGCAGAGGCCGCUGAAGCAGGCUCCUGGUUAUGCAAAGUUCCCCCGGCUCUGCAGGCCCAAAGUCUAUCCACUCUCUCCACCUGACGGCCUGUGUUCCGGCUCUCACCGACCCUCGACGGUGUGGGGACAACCCAUCUUCACCCACCCGCAGCCAUGAACUUCCUCCGGCGGCGUCUCUCAGACAGCAGCUUUGUGGCCAACCUGCCCAAUGGCUACAUGGCGGACCUUCAACGCCCAGAUAGCUCCACCAGCUCCCCGGCCUCCCCAGCCAUGGAGAGGAGGCACCCCCAGCCCCUGGCAGCCUCCUUCUCCUCACCAGGAUCCAGCCUUUUUAGCUCCUUCUCCAGUGCUGUGAAGCAGACCCCUCAGACCCCGGUGGGCGUGGUGGAGCCUCCGGUUCCCUCCACACCGGUUGUUCAAAGACCCAGGAUCUUGCUGGUGAUUGACGACACCCACACAGACUGGUCUAAGUAUUUCCAGGGCAAGAAGCUGAAUGGAGAGAUUGAGAUCCGAGUGGAACAGGCUGAAUUCUCCGAGUUGAACCUGGCUGCCUAUGUGACCGGGGGCUGUGUGGUGGACAUGCAGGUCAUCAGAAACGGGACCAAGGUUGUGAGAUCCUUCAAACCAGACUUCAUCCUGGUCCGCCAGCACGCCUACAGCAUGGCCCUGGGCGAAGACUACCGCAGCCUGGUCAUCGGCCUGCAGUACGGAGGGCUGCCCGCCGUCAACUCCCUCUACUCUGUCUACAACUUCUGCAGCAAGCCCUGGGUGUUCUCUCAGCUCAUUAAGAUCUUUCACUCCUUGGGCCCUGAGAAGUUCCCGCUGGUGGAGCAAACGUUUUUUGCCAACCACAAGCCAAUGCUCACCGCCCCACACUUCCCCGUGGUGGUCAAGCUGGGACACGCCCACGCCGGGAUGGGAAAGAUCAAAGUGGAAAACCAGCACGACUACCAGGACAUCACGAGUGUGGUGGCCAUGGCCAAGACCUACGCCACCACCGAGGCCUUCAUCGACUCCAAGUACGACAUCCGCAUCCAGAAAAUCGGGGCCAACUACAAGGCCUACAUGAGAACCUCCAUCUCCGGGAACUGGAAGGCCAACACAGGCUCUGCCAUGCUGGAGCAGGUGGCCAUGACUGAGAGGUACAGGCUGUGGGUGGACAGCUGCUCAGAGAUGUUCGGUGGCCUGGACAUCUGUGCCGUCAAGGCGGUCCACAGCAAGGACGGCCGGGAUUACAUCAUCGAGGUGAUGGACAGCUCCAUGCCCCUGAUCGGAGAGCACGUGGAAGAGGACAGACAGCUGAUGGCCGACCUUGUCAUCUCCAAAAUGAGCCACCUGCUGGCACCAGGGGCCACAGUGCCCUCGCCCCUGAGACCUUGGGCUCCACCGACCAAACCAGCGAAAUCCCCAGGGCAGGCCCAGCUGGGCCCUCAGCUGGGACAACCCCAGCCACGGCCGCCUCCACAAGGGGGCCCUCGUCAAGCUCAGUCUCCUCAGCUCCCGAGGUCUGGAAGCCCCUCCCAACAGAGGCUCUCCCCACAAGGCCAGCAGCCCCUGAGCCCCCAGGCCGGCUCUCCACAGCAGCAGAGGUCACCAGGGUCUCCACAGCUGUCCCGGGCGUCCAGUGGCGGCUCUCCGAACCAGGCCGCCAAGCCGGGCGCCACCCUCGCCUCUGUGCCCCGGCCACCCGUGCAAGGUCGCAGCGCCUCCCAGCAGGGCGAAGAGACCAAGAAGUCAGCGCCACCCCAUCCUCAUCUCAACAAAUCUCAGUCCCUGACCAACAGCCUCAGCUCCUCCGACGCCUCCCAGCGCGGGCCCCCCAGUGAAGACGAGGCCAAGGCCGAGACCAUCCGCAACCUGAGGAAGUCCUUCGCCAGCCUGUUCUCUGAUUAACCUGUCCAGGUGUGGGGGUUGGGGGUCGUGGGAGGGGGCACACCUGACCUCUCCUGCCUCGUCUUCCUCCUCAGCCUGGGCUCCUGCUGGGAACAGAAUGGAGGGCUGAGAACACACUUUCUAAAUGCCUUUGACCCAGGAACUGAUAAUCUACAUGUUCCCGUUUCCCUUGACCUUGACCUUCCAGUGGCGUCUGACUUGAGUAGCGACUGGGCAGGACAGACCUCCGUCACAGCCAUCACAAGGCUCUGCCCACCCUCAUGCUUGCUCCCCUGCCUCCAAUCACCAAGCGAGCUGCCGGCGUGUGAGGCUGGUUCCACGUUUCAUGUUAGCAUUUUGCUUGCAGUGGGUGCAGACCCAGCAGAGGCCUUGUCCCUACCUCCAGCGAAUGCAGGCACUGUCAUCGGACCUCAGCCACCUAGGAGGCGAGAAUCUUUUCACAGUGUUUUAAACACAGAGAAAAAGAGAAAGGCCCAGCCAGAGACACCUGCCCUCACUUCCUCCAUUCCUGCUGGAGACGUCCCCUUGGAGCAGGCAGGAGAAGUCCCCAUCACACCCAGCCCCCAGCAGGGUCUUGGGACAAUAGGAGCCAGACCCUGUGCGGCAAGUGGGCCCCUCUCAGUCCCCAGUGGGGUCUCGGGACAACAGGAGCCAGACCCCGUGCGGCAAGUGGGCCCCUCUCAGAACACAACUGAAAUGGAGGGGUCCCUCAUUAUGCCGCUCACGCCCACCGCAUGGACAGAGCAGGCCAUGGGUUCCAGACGAACUUGCCAAGGAAAGGGUUAGACUGGGGCUCCUGUGCCCAUCCUGCGUGACAUCACCACUGGGUCCCUCUGCCUCUCCCCUCGGCAAGCAUGUAUCAGGAUCCCGACUGAGUCAGGUUUCGUAAUAGCCCGGGUCAGAAAGCGCCAGGCAAACAAUGCAGUCAGCAAGGCACCGGCAGCUUCUUCUGUUUCAAAACAGCCCCACGGUCAAGUCUGUUUGGACACACGGCUUCUGUUUCUUUCAGGAGAUGGGUAGGACACGAUUCCAGGCAUCGGUUUUCAUGGUUCCUGCCCGGAAGAAAUCAGCUUUCACUUUAUUUCCCCCAAAAUGUAUUUGACGAAACAAGUUACUUGGAGAACUGGAAACCGUGAGCACUGACCCCUUCCCAGAGCUCCUCCCCCCCACAGCAGACAGCUGCCCACGCUCAGUGGGCCCCAGCACCUGGUGCUGGACACGUCGCAGGUGCCGGCGGCAGCCUCCGGGCCCACACACAGCCCAGCCAUGUUGGUCAGCCCGUGUCUGCCGCUUGAAUGUGUCUCCUCACGGUUCACAGGGAAGGCAGAGAGGGAGCCUGGAGCGGCUUCCAACCACGCCCAGGUGGUGUGGGUUGCUGAAAAUCAGCUAGACCUGUCAUUCCCAGGAGCAUAAGAACAGCCCCCACCCGUCUGGUCUUCCAAACCCAGACUGGAGCCAGGAGGACAAGGCCAGAGACCCGGAACCCUUGACUUCAGGAGAACCACCUGCAAGCUGGCUCCCGACAAGCCAUUGGCUAGAGACUGGCUCAGGACUCCAAGUGGUAGCUCAGUGCCUGGCUGUCAGAGACGCCCUUGGCCUCAGGCUCUUCCUUGUCUCCCCUGGCCCUCUGCUGUCAUGCUCAGGCAGUAGGAGGAGCGAGAGAGCCCAGGUUCCUCCCACCGUCCAUGUCCUCCUCUUACCCAGGAUGCCCAGUGUUGGACUGAAUAACAAGUAGCCACCAUGGCACAGGAAGGAUUAGAUGGGUGCAGCUGCCAGGGACCGAGAGCCAGAAUUUGGCAUCCUGAGCAUGGUGGGCUCCACACUGGUUAGCAUGUAACUAGCACCUGCAGCAAGUAACAUGGGUGGGGUGAGGUGAGGGCUGAACCAGUGAGGGCCUGGUACUCUGACCAGCACCCCAAAACCCACCACCCUCAUUCUGUCACUGUGCCCAGGUGCAUCCAGGGUCAAGGGGCGCACCCCCACGGGCACACCUGCAGAUCGUUCUGCCCAGUAACACCUCCCCCACUGCUCUACCUAUGCACUGCAACAGGAGCCGCCGUGUGCUUCCCAGAAAUGGCUGAGAUGGCCCAGCGGGCAGCGAGACACCUGGAGCUGCUGCUCUGUGGGCGUCACACUCAACACAUUCUUCUGUGCCCCCAGGGUGGGCAAAGGUAGGGGCCUUGGGGUCCAAACGUUUAAUCUUGCUUUGGGGAGGAGGUCAGCUGAGGGUAAGGAGUGGAAUGGGGUUUCUUUCUCCUUGUCCCACUGACGUAACUGUUCCACCACACCCCUGGCAACUCGAGAAGAAAGCCGGGUGGGGCAGAAGGAAACGAAACAGCAAGAUGAAAUGCACUGUGGAACGCAAGUAUGUUUUACAGCUGUCCUGCAAAAUUACACAGAGAGCGCAAAGAUGGGUUAAUGUAAGGUCUCGUGAUGGGUCUUCCAGGCACGGGUCCUGGGAGUCCCAACACACACACACACACACACACACACACACCCCAGGCCUGGCUAAUCACUGAGGACAGAUGUGUGUCACAGUACUCUGUCUAGGGGGUCUCUGAACACCUGCUUCCCCACCUGGCCUUGAGAAGUCUAGGGGUCUGGAGCAUAGUCACAUAUUGAGGGAACCAGAGUACUGGCCCCGUGAGCCUGCAGGUGUCCAGCGCCUCCCUUCUGCCCUGACAAUGGCAGCUGAGGUGGCCCCAGUGGAAGGACCAAGGAGUCUAUUAGAAGAUCAAGCACGGAGCUGCAGGAGUCCAAGUUUGGUUUCUUCCACUUUAAAAACUAGACCUGGCUUCCGAUAUUCAGGGGCAGGGCUGUCAAAACAGUGCUGCGCUGCAGUCUGCAUGAAUGGAUGAGCGGUGACUCCGGGCCGGGAUGUGACCCCACAAGGCCUCCAUGGUUUAGGGGAUUCGGGACACAGGAGGCACCUGUGCACCCAGCGCUCUGACAACAAGUUCACCUGAUUCUCAGUCCUAAAGCACAGCUCACACACACACAGCUCAGUGACGCAGCCUGGAGGAGGUCUCUGAGUGGGCUGUGGCCAAGUGCAGAGCUGUUGACAAAGGAGGACGAAGCUUCCUUUCAGACCGAGGGAGUCAGAUGUUCUGGGCAUAGGGUGCAGACGCCACGGCUCUGUCACCCUCCCCGCAUGUCCUGGGGGCAUGCCGGUUAGAAAAGCCCUGGGCUGAGCCGGGUGGAAGUGAGAAGCAAUACUGAUACGGAUACACUGGAGCCCCAACACAGCUGGGGUCCCUCUCCUUUGGUGAGCAAAGCUGGUGGCUCCAUGAUCAGUGGCCACAUAAACGAAAUUUUCCCACUUUCCCUUAUUCUGUCCCUCGUCCCGAGAAACAUCUCGGCAUUGAGACAAUACCUCCCAGAUAUUCCACCUACAGCAGCACAGUCCAAGUGCAAGCCGGGUCAGCCACCCUGACUUCUGUAACUAUGCACAGCUAAAUCCAGUGUAACUAGUUUACAACUGACACGUGGAAGUCAUUUCCCCUUUGAUCUAUGUCUGCAUAUGGAAGCCAAAAAUGUCUGAGCCUCCCAGAGACCAGAGAUCUGCAAAAUGGACUGGGUUUGUUUUUUUUUUUUUUCACAUAUGCUAGCACCUGUUCCUUCCAAAAAUGUAACCUUUAAGAACUGUGACAUUUUGAAAUGGGAAAGGGCAGAAAGGGGCGAGGGGAGUCAUGGAUUCUGAAAGGUUAUGUUGGUUGUUUUGUGCUUUGUUUCACAACUCUGACCCUGAGAAAGCUCACAUUUGCCCUCCAUGCUGGCUUGGGGAAGCUGGAACACAACAAAAGCCCUUUGGUUCGGGUACGAAGAACAGGGAUUUAAAACACCUCCACCAGCCAGGAAAAAAAACGUCCUUCAGCUUUGCCACCUACCAGCAUAAAGAUGGUACUGCAUGUUGGUUCAAUUAAUAUUCUGCGGCACCACACGUUGGUGAAAUGCGGUACCCCGUGGUACUCUGCUUUGGUCAGGUGUGAUACUCCCAUCAGCCUUCCAGGGACACAGCACUGUGUCCCUGCUGAGCCACCAAGGCCCUGUGUUCUGCGCGUUGUGACAUCCCCUGCUCACAUUCAGUCCCUGCAGGGCAGGCAGACGCCUCUACCUUUCCAGGACUUCAGGGGUUGAUGGGUCUUCACCCACAUGGGAGCACAUACAACCGCAAACCCCACAAACCUGAACAUCAACCGCUUCUAGAACUUCUCUUCCAAACUGCCCGAGAGUCGGGGGGUAAGCAGGCUGGGGGAAGGAUCUUGUGCACGCGUGGGGGGAGCAGAGCACAGAGCCCAUGGCCUGGCCCAUGGUGGGUGUUUGCAGACAGUCCAGGUCGGCCCUCUUAGUAGGGAUCAGAUGUUAAGCAGGGUGUUAAGACUGAAGCAAAGCAUCAGUGUAAAGAAGUCACUUGUCCCAGAACAGAGUCAAAUCAACAAGAUGCGUAGCCGCUUUCCCCCACCCCUCAAAGAGACCACCCGUGAGUCUGAAAGGGAGGGGUAAGCAGAGAGGGCACGUGAGCCCACCCACAUGCAGGCACACUGCGAGCCCAGGACUGAGCCCAGGACGGGUACACAGUUGGU